AUGGCGUCCAACGAGCCCGCCCGCGUUCCCAUCCCCAAGAAUGGUGUCGACUAUCGUGUCAAAGUGGUGCUUGCGCCCAUGCUGCGCUCCGGUGAACUCCUCCUCACGGCUGCUCGCGCUGAAGUACGGCGCAGACUUGGUAUGGGCCCGGCAAACAUCGAUCGCGCCAUGAUUGGUACCACGAGGCGAAUGAACCCGCACACGUCAACUCUUGAGUUCUCACGGCUACCGACUUCGAAGAUCAAGAACCCCACGCUCGAUCCCGAGAAUCGCGAAAGCGUCAUAUACCGCAUACACCCUGAGCUCGAAAAGGGAAAGCUUAUCUAUCAGAUUGGCACAGCGAAUCCCGAGCUGGCGGUUCAGGCAGCCAAGAUGGUGGCAGCAGAUGUCGCGGGCAUAGACGUCAACUCAGGCUGUCCCAAGCCAUUCUCAACAUCUGGUGGCAUGGGUGCAGCACUUCUGAAGACGCCAGACUUACUCUGCAACAUUCUGACCAGCCUGGUUGAGGAAGUAGGGAAGCCGUAUGAGAUUGGUAUCAGUGUCAAGAUUCGGAUAUUGGACACGCCGGAAGAAACUGCGGCUCUGGUCAAGAGACUGGUUCGCACAGGCAUAACAGGUCUUACGGUGCACUGCCGAACAACGCCAAUGCGACCCAGAGAGCGCGCCAUCAGACACCAACUCAAGAUGAUUGGGGAAAUAUGCCGAGAAGCGGGCGUCGCAUGCGUCAUGAAUGGCGAUGUCACAUCGCGCACAGAAGCGCUCAAGCUCAUGGAAGAGUUCAACGUGGACGGCGCUAUGAUCGCAACCGAAGCAGAGAAGAACCCUAGCUGCUUCCGGCCUGACGCAGAAGGCGGACCACAUGAAUGGCGAUCACAGUGGAAAACCGUCGUCACUGAGUACAUGCGCUUCGCACUUCAAGUUGAGAACCGGUGGGGUAACACAAAGUAUUUGUUGGGCCAGAUGAUACCUGGAAAGGAGAAGGCAUACGCUCUCAUGAACAAGUCAAAAUGCUAUUCCGACGUCAUCAAGGCGUUAGGCUUGGAGGGAGUGGAAGGUUUACUGGAACAAGCCAACAUUGUUGAUCAGCAUCUUGGCAUACCGCAAACUGAGUCGCGAGCUUCAAAGAGAGCCAGAGUCAAGGAAGGAGCACUUCCUGAAAGCGACAACAACGCGCCGAGGGAGAAGCGGAAAGAGAGGGAAGACGAGCAACCCGAUGCCAAGCGCAUCAAGGUACCUACAUCGGUUUCGGAGGUCACUGAUGUGGUUCCACCUCAAGAAACAUUGGUUUCAGCAUUGAGUGUAUGA